CUCCAUUUUCAUGGCUCCUGGACGCGUGGCGAAGGGCGAGCUCCUGUACGGCGUGUUCACACCGCAGUGCUUUGACGCAUACUUUACGCGCUUCGACUUCCUCCAAAUCGAGUGCGGGAAGGCUGUUGUGUCCAAGCUUCUUGGGUACCUCAUCAUCCUUGGCAGCUUCAUCUUGAAGCUGCCCCAAAUCCUCAAGAUUGUAGCAGCAGGCAACGUUGCCGGGCUCAACCCGUCGUCGUUCUACCUCGAAGUCAUCACGUUCCAAGCGUCUGUUGUAUACAACGUCCUCAAGGGGUAUCCCAUCAGCUCGUGGGGUGAAUCGGCCGUCAUUUUGAUCCAGAAUGCGAUCCUCGUCCUCCUGUUGUGGCACUAUUCUGGUGCGGCCAAGUCGACACAAUUCCUGGGGGUCGUCACAUUUGUGGCGUUGGGCGCUGGGAUGUUUUACCUUCCAUCCGAGUUCAACUGGUUGCUUCCGUCCGCAAGUAUUCCGUUGUCCGUCAUGGCGCGCAUUCCUCAAAUUAUGUCCAACUUCCAGCAAGGGCACACGGGGCAACUGGCGUUCCUGACGCUGUUCUUGAACUUUGGUGGGUCGGCCGCCCGGUUGUUCACGACUCUCCAGGAAACGGGGGAUCAAGUCGUUCUGUUUGGGUUUGCGAUCUCGAUGCUUCUCAACGGGACCUUGUUGGCCCAGAUUGGUCUCUACUGGAGCGCGACAGAAGCCGCGAUGGCCAAGGUCAAGGCUAAGAAGGCGCAUUAAGCGCCGUGGAGAGUUUUUGAAGCAAGAAAAGAAUAAUCUGGGCACUUUUGAAAAUCGUUUCGGAACUAAAUCAUCGCAUUAACGAAAUAGAUGAUCACCGGGACACAGUGUCGUGCUUGGGACGUUUGAACACUGCGGGAAAGUCGUCCACAUGGAGGAACGUGAUCAGCUUCGGCUUGCCAAGCGCGCUGUGGUAGCGCACCAUGGGCCCCGUGUGCUUUGCUUUGGGCAUGAUCUCGUCCACGAGGCGCUUCUCUUCUUCCAGUCGCUCUAGUCGAUUCAGCGACGCAGUGUUCUGCACCUCCGUCAACACGGCUUCCUUCAGCAGUUGUUCCUGCGUCAUUCGCACAACGACCUUGGCAACUUUAUCAUGCAUAUUGCGUGCUUCCUCUGUGUACUUUUGCUGGAGCUCCUGCGACAAGAACCGCUUCUGGACGGUCGACGAUCGAACAGCCAUGGGUUCGAUUGGACCCGCAGGGGCAGUUGGAGUCGAUGCGGCUGGUGGACAAGAGUAUGUAGGUGUACGAGGAGUCGAACGAAGUGGACGUUGAUGCAAUAUCUUCGGUGCUCGGGUUUUCGCCCUUCGAUUCCGCUCCACGUCUCCGUCGUGGAUAUCCUCGUCGGGUGCUUCCUCCUCGUCGAAGUCCGAAUCCACGAUAUCUUCCUCCUCGGCUUCGCUCACGUAGUCCUCGUCCUCAUCGUCAUUCCACACUUCAUGGCUCCAGAACGCUUCGUCUGCCUCGGCUGCUUCACCGAUCAACUUGUUGAUACGCGACCCUCGAUUCGCGCGAUUUGGCAACGACGCCAUCUCGCAACGGACGCAAG